CUGUUCAGCUGAUCGGCGGCGCCGUCAAGGGAGAAAUAUCGAAAACUCGACAAAGUCAUUUGUAAUCUCGCGUGUGUGCGCGCGAGUGUAUUUAUUUUUAACAAUUGUGGCCUGGGUUGUGGCGAACAACGCAGGCAUCAUCUGAUAAUCUGUCGUUUCGAGAGCAAAGACGAAAUAAGGCGACGCGAGUAUGUUCAAAAGCGGCUAAAGAACCGGAACUGCCGUUCCUCGACGGUGGCGAGUGUUCGAUAACAAUAAUUUUCAUUCCUAAAUCGUAUAAGCGAGAUUAUCAACCGCGCGAAUAAAUACGAGUCGCAAAUCGGCCGUUCGGCGGACAGGAGGGAGGAAGAUUCGGUGAAGCCGGAGAAUUGAUACGUAGAUGAGAAAUCAGCGCUCGGUGAGCUGAACAAGGAGAAGUGUGCGUGUGGGAAAGGUUCGAAGAGCGGUCAAGACUUUGCGCUGAUAUCGGCGAAUAUCAGCGGUGCGAGUAUCUCGGCUUCACCUCGUAUGGCUCAGGGUAAAAUAUGGCCACGGUAUACGAGAGCCCGUUCCUUUCGAACAGGCUUCGCCAGAUCGAGGAGAGAUACGAGGAGCCGACUACGUUCGGCCGUUGCGACUGCACCAGCUACAGCUACCUCGCCCUCAGCGUCGUCCUCUUCGCCGUCGGCACGGCGAUAACGAUUCUAGCCCUCGGCGAUGUCGCCAACGGCUAUAUAUUCUCACACCUAGGACACAUGUGGCUCGUAGGACCGAUAUUCAUAUGCUCCGGACUGAUGGUCGCUGUUAAGUGCAUGCUCUACCUCAGGCGAAAAUCCGUCAUACAGAUGAUAUACCAUCAGCGACAACUAUUCCGACAUUUACAGGAACUGGCCGGCGCUCAGGCGGUGAAUGGGUCCGGCACAGGAACCCCUGGCCCGCCCCCGUACGAGGUCAUCACCCAGAGUCAAGGACCAAGUGAGCUGCCGCCUCCUUCGUACGCCGAAGCUGUCGCUCUUCUUCAGCAAGCAGGUGUUCAAGAUGACAAGCUCCCUGGAGUUGCGACAUCCUGUACAUCGCUGGCAGUGGGCGAGGCGGGAAGGACCAAGCCUUGAAUGACCCACGUCGGAAUUCACUCUUUUGUGGAUACCGGAUUGCAUUGUGUGUCACUGCUUCCUGCUUCGAUUGGACAGUCAGUACAUUGGGUAAAAAAAAGAAGAACGACAGCAACUUUUGUAUUGUUACACAGCUUGGAACUGAAUAGAGAGGCUGCCGUUGUCAUUGUAGCGGACAAUUUGUCGGCCUUCACAUAUUGUCGGCUGGCUGGGUACGGGUGGUGAGUAUUUCACGUUCUCUCUGCCAGCAAAAAUCCUAAUUCUGCAAUAUGCGUGAGAGGAUGACCUUGUUCUUGACAUAUCUUCCAAAGACAGUCGGUUAGGCUGAGAAAUCGAUUGUUUUCCUUUUUUAUGACGUUUUUUUUCUUCCUUCUGUUUACCAAAUGACAACAGUAUCUUCCAAAUAAUGUUUUCUAAGACUGUCGACACGUGCCCCUUUUCCCGCCAUAUUUUAUCGCCGUCUACAUUUUAUCCUCAAUCAGUUUGGUUCGCUUUUUCCUCGCCCACGCUAGAAGCAUACCUUUAUUUUACCCUCAUUACCUAUCCUAUCAUUAAAAACCACAAUCUUAAUCGUUACGACGGAACGUAUCGAACGAAUCCAUGAAAAUUGUCAUAUACCAAAACUUAUUGUCGGUGCUAAUUCAUUUGUGUUAUACAUGGUAUCUUCAAAUCAUCAUUAUAAUGGUUAUGAUAAUGAUAAUAAUGGUAACAACUAGGUUUAUAAGUUUCGUAUUGUGUGCAUAGCUGAGGAAACUUAGAAGCUUGAAGUAUCGUUGGAGUAAUAAUAAUAAUAAUAAUAAUAAUAACAAUAAUAACAAUAACAAUAAUAACAACAAUAAUAACAUCAACAACAACAACAGCAACAACCAACAAUUAUAAGAACAAGAGGAAGUAUAUUGUCGAGUGUGCGUCAGCCACCUCAGGAUACUCUUCUUGUGGAUAUAAUGAUGACGAUAAUAAUAACAAUAGUAAUAAGUAUUAUAACUAUGGACAAUCGAGUUAGUUAGUUAGUUAUUACGAUCAAAACUGUUGCCUUCUACGAGAUAGGUGAACCAAUUAAUUAGGUAUGCAUGUAUACCAAAUUACCCGUACUUUAGUUACAAUCCCACGUCUGAUGCGUGCGUAUAGUCAAUGUACGUGAUUCGUACGGAAGUGUAAUGUCUCUACAAUUUCCAAUUUAUUUAUGCUACUUACAUCACUAGAAAUAGGGCACGUAAAAUAUUAUUUUUACCUUCAAGUUAUCAUACGAUGUUUAACCUGAUCGGCAUAUGUACUGCUGCUGUACGUAUUUGCUUAAAGCGUCGUUUACUUAACGUGUAUUACUUUCAGGCGUCCGAAGGCAGCUUUUGCUUUUUUUAUUUAUUUUUUUUAAAUUGUUUUAUUUUUAUUUUUUUUACUCUUACAUGCGAAUGCAAGCCUUGACGAUGCCCAAGUCUUCCAAACCUUUCAGACUUAAUUUUAAUUGAAAGGGGUUGAAGAGAAUAUCCAAUGACUGUUAACAGGGAGAGAAAAAGACGUGUAACAAGGGUAAAAAAUUAAGCAGGCGGCGGAUUCUCAAUUUCACCCAAACCAGUUGCUUUUUUUGUAAACUUUAAUAACCUUGAUGUCUGAUUCAAUUAUUCUUGCCAAAUCAAUUGCUUAUUGGUUCCCAUUGUAAGGUAAUCCAUCAUUUUACACUUCUCGGUGGAUUAAAUUUUAUCAGAAAAAAAAUGUUACUUGAAAGUUAAUGAAACCGAUAUAGUUUUUCUUUAAACUGCAAAGUCUCUUGCGCAAAACGUGUUGUUUUCUUUUUUUUCGUCUAGUUUUAUACAAACGCAUCAACUUCUAACAAUUGAUCAGCUCGUGAUUCUAAUGAUUAUAAGUACUAUGAUACGAAUAUAAUAACAAUGAUCAAUAGUUACUUGACGUAUUUAAAAUACUUGCAUACAUACGUUAUAUGUACACAUGUAUAUAAUAGUAACAGUAACAUGCGCAUAAGUGAAUAGCAAAGAACUAUACAUAUGGUGGCCAGAUGCUAGGCAAAAUAGUUUUAAAAGUACAUAACUUUAACGAGUAAACGUAUAGUUUCGUAUAGUAUAUAGGUAGUUAGGCAAUAUACAAUGUAUGUUAUGAAAAAAUUAUUAUAAUGUAGUGAAGAAAUCACGAUUGAAUAUUUUUUUAUAUAUAAUAAAAAAAAAAAAAAGGAGGGAAUGAAAAGAGAAACGACACUCACAGUAAGACUGCUGUUUUGCCUUAGAAGAAAAAAGAAGAAAAAAAAAAAAGAAUUAAAUAAUACGAAAUAACAAAGAACAGAAGGAUAUGUUACUCGCUUAUUUUGUCGACGCUGUGAAGUAUUUUCUUCCCUUUUCAUAUUGUUAUUAAUUUAAUUUCUUUCCAAUCAAAGUUCUCCUCUUUCUCACGUCAUUUCAGCUCGCAAAUUGUGAGGGAUAAAGAAAAACGCACAGCGUUCAUACAAUAGAAAUAGAUGUUUGAAAGAUGAUAUUUGAACUCGAACAGUAUUAACAAGAAUAUGAUAUGUCAUAGUACUUAUUGUUAGAAAAUUUUUGAUUGAAAUAAUGGGUGAAGGUAGUUAACAAGGACGACUUAAAAUCACGUAAUGUUUCGUUUGAUAUUAAACAAAAUUUUCCACUCUCGCAAGUUUUGCGAGUCAAAACAUAGUUGAAAUAAUAUUAUUGAAAAGAUAAAUCUCUUCGCCAUUCCGAACUGGAAAUAAAAAUUUGAGGAGGCAAUGAAUAAAUGAAUAAUUCUCAAAUACUUGGAAAACAUUAUAUCGAAUGUGUACGCAAUUUAUACGUGUACCAAUAACAUCAGAGUUUGCCUUGAGACCAGUUCUACACAUAUUUAUGUUGAUAGUAAACAGUGUUAUUUCAACUUACCGCCCUAAAGACGUUGAUGAAUUAAUAAAUUUUCGCGACUGUUUAUCAAUGAUAAAUUAUUUUAAAUCGCGCAACGCUUUUUCACCUCUAAAAUAUUAUUUUAUUCCUUGAGCUUGGAUUGUUGAAUAAAUCAGACGAAAAUUUGUCAUGUGCACAAGAUUCAGAAAGUUUAUUUCAUCUAUUUAUUUUUCUUUUUUUGUUUUUUCCGUUAUAGGACUUUGUUUUUGAUUAAAUAUCAAACUUGUUUAGCUUAUAGUAUACAAAAUAAAAGGAAGAAAAAAUUUUUAAAAAAAUGAGAAUAACCGUUGCGCUAUGAUAUGCAGUUACGCAUAUUUAUUGUGAAAUAUAAAGAUUGUACAGUAAAAUAAAUUACAAAACAACGAAAAUUGA